GUGUUUUGGGAAGAAAUACCUGCAACGCUUCAUUUCACUUCCCUAGAUUUUUCAUUUAUAAUUUCGUGGUUUCUUUUGGCUACGUUUGGCUGCGUUGAGUAGGUGAUUCUUCGACUAAAGGUGUACUUUCUCUUGAAGAGCUUUUGUAAAGAAAAACUUCAUGAUCAAUUUGUUAGCAUUAAAAGAUUCCGAGUAAAUCAAGUGUAUCUUAUAUCAAAUUGCUGUUCUCUGCUUUCCCGUCUCACAUUCUAUAUCAGUCUUUUUUUUUUUCUGCUUUUUUUCUUUCCUUUCUUGUUUUUAAAGCUUAACACGCCAUGGAAAUUGCUCAAGCUAACAAAGAAACUUUAAAAAACCUGUAUGAACCUCCUUGGAGACGUAUACGAUUCAUAGGCAUUGCAGGUCCCUCUGGAAGUGGGAAAACCUCAGUCGCCCGAUUAAUUGUAAAAGCUUUAAAUUUACCAAAUGUGGUAAUUUUGUCCUUAGAUUCCUUUUACAAGCCUUUGACCACUGAACAAAAACAACAAGCUUAUCGAAAUGAAUAUGAUUUUGAUUCUCCAGAAGCCAUCGACUGGGGUUUGCUGUAUAAUGUUUUAUUAGAGCUCAAACGAGGUCGUAAAGUUGACAUCCCGAUUUAUAGCUUUCACGAACACGAUCGCCUUCCUGAAACGUCUACUUUGUUCGGUGCUAGUAUAAUUGUCAUUGAGGGAAUUUUUGCUUUAUAUGAUGAAAGAGUUCGCUCCCUUCUUGACGUCUCUGUUUUCCUUGAGACUGAUUCAGAUGUUUGUUUAUCUCGUAGAUUAAAUAGGGACAUCAAUUACCGUGGUCGUGAUAUUCGGGGUGUACUUCAUCAGUAUGAUCGUUUUGUUAAACCAAGUUACGAUAAUUUUGUACGGAAGCAAUCAGUUUAUACAGAUAUAAUUGUCCCUCGUGGUCGUGAUAAUAAAGUGGCCAUUGAAAUGGUUAUAAAAUUUAUUAAGAGGACUUUGUCUGUACAAAGCUUAAGUCACCGAGAAAACAUCGACUCUUUACAGCAAAUUGUUCCUACUAUUCCCAAUUUACCUUUGAAUCUUGUUCAACUCCGUCAGACUCCUGAAAUUGAGGCUAUUAAAACUAUACUCGUAAAUAAAGAAACUGAUGCAGAUAAUAUGCAGUUUUAUUUAAGUCGUAUAGGAACAAUGUUGAUGAACCUGGCUGGCGAUUCCUUGAUGUAUGAGGACAAAGUUAUUACACUUCACAAUGGAGAUACAUGGAAAGGAUUACAACUAGCAAAAGAGCUAUGCGGUGUUUCUGUUUUAGGCUCCGGUGGUACUUUGGAAACAGCCCUUUGUCGACAGUUUCCUAACGUGCGGUUGGGAAAGGUUCUCGUACGUGUGAAUCAGGUCACCAAUGAACCAAGUCUUCAAUAUCAUAAACUUCCUCGGGGGAUUGCUGGGACAAAUGUAAUUCUCAUAGCUUCUCAAUUGACAACCAGCACGGACGUAUUAAUGGCAACUCAAAUCUUAGUUGACUUUGGUGUACCAGAAGAGAACAUUAUUAUUGUUGUCUAUGUUUCUUUUGUGGAAAGUAUCAAGACACUGGCUUUUAUAUUUCCUAAGGUCACAAUUGUUACAGGGUUUUUGGAGACUGCUGAGGACGCAGUAAUGGGUAAAUUAAAUUUAGAGAAAACGUUUUAUGGUUCUUAGAGUUUAGAUAUGACAUAAAUCCAAACGGUUGGAGGUUAAUAAAUUUGGUAUUGUCAUAUAGGUCAG